AUGACGUCUAGUCCCCGGAGAAACAAUCAGCGAUCGUCUCCAUCACCUUGUCAACAACAGCAGCAUUCACCGAUUGAGCCACAAUCACAGCCGCAGGCUCAAUCUCAGCAGCAUCAAACCCACCAACAGGUUUCUUCGCAUCUCCAGAACCGAAGUCCCCUGUCUCGUCUCGCGAUUCAUACGCAAGGGGCACCCUUAAUUCUCGCAGGACGCUUUCACAAUCGUGGAAAGCCGGUCAAUUCGAACAAUGUGAUUGCCGCUCCUAAUGUCAACAACUUUUGCAACGUUAAUAUCAACAGCAACGGCAACACAAUUGACGAAAGUUCGAACAACUGUGAGAAUAGUUUACCCCGGAUAAUAAAGCCCCGUAAGCGGAGGAAGAAGGACCGUAAGCCGACCAAUGUUGUUACAACGGAAAACUCUAAGCCGGAGGAUAGAGACAGGGAUAGGGAUCUAUCGGUCUCGAUGAAUCCCGGUCUAAUGCCCUCGGGGAUGAACGGGGAUCAAUCUAAUUUGGUUACACUUAAACCGUAUGUGCCGGUUUGCUACGAGGCAAUGAGAUACGAGCUCCCCCAGCAGCAACAGCAGGGAACAGUCCAGCAUAGGGCCCACAGGAGGCCACCCGUCACCAGGGAAAGUUACUCAGGUAGAACCCAGACACUUAUUCAGCAGGAGAUUGUCGACACGAGGCAGAGCAGUCUCAUCUGGGACGUCGAUCAGAACGGGUACUCACCCUUCCUGACCCCUCCUCCUACCAGCAACGGGAGCAACAAUGAGUUUGUUCAAUUUUCCCAGAUACCUCUGUUCCUGUCACGGGCGAACCUUGGAGGGGGCUGUCAUCAGGAGCCCUCCGAAUUCUUUGACGUGGAAGAUUCCCUCAGGGGACCUCAUCAUCACCAGCACCAGCACCAACAUCAGCACCACCAGCACCAUCACCAACAUCUCCCAGUUCCUGUUGGAGCCGCUCGGGUAGGUCACGAACGGCUGGAACCCCCUGGGGGUGCACUCCUGAGACGAAGCUGGAGCGAUCCCUCGAGCUACUUUAGCGAGCAAAUCUGUGCUCCGAGUCGUGACGUUGGAGUAAUUGGCGAUCGAGGGCAAACUGCUGAGGCGCUUGCCAGAGGUAGGAGUUCUUGGCCCGGAAGUCCAUCCUACGUGUCAUUGGGAACAAACGCCUCGGGGCUGUCUGGUAGUCUACCAGGUAACUCGGUUACUGGCCAGAGCCUGGAGGUAUCGACCGAAAUAGUCACCUCUCACAACGGGCAUCGGGACCUGGAGAUAAAGUUCUUCAGUUCCUCGCCCAGCUCCAUCCAGCCGGAAGAAGAAAAAUCACCAUUCCCAGAGGACAACGAGGACUUCAGUGACAUUUGGAGCUAUCAUGAGUCCAAGCUUCAGCAGGAUUUCCGGACCUUGCUGCAGGCCGAAGAGUGA